CUGUCUGGCUGCUGCUAGGAGCCAAGUGCCUGCAGGGCUGGAAUCCUGUGCUCCCUCUGUGCCCAGAGGAGGGGCCAGCUCUGCUUUUUGCGGUCAACACACCCAGCCAGCCACCUCUGUGUGACCAACAGACUCCGGAGGACCUGCAGAGGCAAAGCCUGGGGUGCUGGGGAGGGCUGGUGGAGACUCCUCCUCCCGCCCCCUCUCUCCAGGUGGCUGCAAAGCUCCUGCACCAUAUGGGGGCUGUGUCCAUCCACCAGUGCUCUGGGGCAGCAAAAAGGAAUUCUGCACGGCCUGACCUCCAUUAAACACAGUUCUGUGGACCAGGCCUUUUUGCAUAUUAACUCAUGAGUUUAUUUUAUUUUUAUUCUGAUAGCCCAUGAGUUAGAGAUAGUUAUGAGGAACACCCACAUUACAGGGGAGGAAACGGGCUCAGGAAAGUUCAAUGACUUGCCCAAGGUCCCACAGGGAGCAGGUGGUGGAGCUGGGAUGUUGGUCACUCCAACUUUGCUCAAUGUCACUGGUCCCCAGUGGCCCCACCUAUCACAUUGGCAGGUCACCUUAUCUCUUAGCAAGGUUCCCAGGGCUCUCUCUGGUUCCCAGGGUGUCCCAGCUCGGCCAGACUCAGCGUGUCCUUCUCCACCACAGAGCUCCGCCAUGUUGGCCAACACCACCCUGAAGCCACUCUGUCCGCUCUUGGAGCAGAUGAGCCAACUCCAGAGCCACACCAACUCCAGCAUCCGCUUAAUCGACCACGUGUCUGUGCUGCUGCACGGGGUGGCCUCGCUGCUGGGCCUGGUGGAGAAUGGACUCAUCCUCUUUGUAGUGGGCUGUCGCAUGCGACAGACGGUGGUCACCACCUGGGUGCUGCACCUGGCGCUGUCUGACCUGUUGGCCGCUGCCUCCCUGCCCUUCUUCACCUACUUCCUGGCCGUGGGACACUCAUGGGAGCUGGGCACCACCUUCUGCAAACUGCACUCUUCUAUCUUCUUCCUCAACAUGUUUGCUAGCGGCUUCCUGCUCAGCGCCAUCAGCCUGGACCGCUGUCUGCAGGUGGUGCGGCCGGUGUGGGCGCAGAACCACCGCACGGUGGCCGCGGCCCACAAAGUCUGUCUGGUGCUCUGGGUCCUGGCUGUGUUCAACACCGUGCCCUACUUCGUGUUCCGGGACACCAUCCCGCGGCUGGACGGGCGCAUCAUGUGCUACUACAACGUGCUGCUCCUGAACCCCGGGCCUGACCGCGACGCCACGUGCGACUCGCGCCAGACCGCCCUGGCGGUCAGCAAGUUCCUGCUGGCCUUCGUGGUGCCGCUGGCCAUCAUCGCCUCAAGCCAUGCGGCUGUGAGCGUGCAGCUUCGCCACCGGGGCCGCCGGCGGCCGGGUCGCUUCGUGCGCUUGGUGGCGGCCAUCGUGGCCGCCUUCGUGCUCUGCUGGGGGCCCUACCACAUCUUCUGCCUGCUGGAGGCGCGGGCGCACGCAGUCCCUACGCUGCGGCCGCUUGUGUGGCGCGGGCUGCCCUUCGUCACCAGCCUGGCCUUUAUCAACAGCGUGGUCAACCCGCUGCUCUACGUGCUCACCUGCCCCGACGUGGUGCGCAAGCUGCGGCGCUCGUUGCGCACAGUGCUCGAGAGCGUGUUGGUGGACGACAGCGACCUGGGCGGCUGGGCGGGCAGCCGCCGCCGUCGCGCCUCCUCCACCGCCACCUCGGCCUCCUCCCUCUCGCUCACGGGCCGCCUCGCGCCCCCGCUCCGCCCGGAGCGCCUCCUCCGCUGGCUUCGAGGCAACAACGCAGCGCCUUCGCAGAGGGACCGGGCACGAUCCCAAGACGAAAGGGGACCCCUGAACCGGGCGCUGAGCACCACCUCGGAUUAGCCCAAUGGCCUGCGCAGCCCGGAACGCAGGGCUCUGACCUGCUUUCUCCCCAAGGCAGAGGCAAGGCUCGAAUCAAGCGUCAAGACUACCGCAAGGGCUCGUGAGCGCUGAGAGUCAGCGUUUUGAAGCGACCUGGGUGACUUUUUUCAGAAACUGACCUGGUUGAAACCGGGCUUCUCAAACCUUGACGUGCCUAUAAGUCACCUUGGGAUCUUGUUAGUUUAUUUCAGUGGGUGGGGCGGGGUGCGGGAGAUUCUGCUUCUCUAAUACUUCCCAGGCAGUCACUAAGUGCUGCUGAUCCAAGGACCACACUUGGAGUAACAGGAAGCUAAACUCAUAAUGACUUCUUAGACCAGCAGACAGAGUCCCAAUGGUACAACUCCCUGGAGCCCAAUUUUACCAGCUGUGUGACUGUGGAAGGCUACGGUAGGAAAGUUGUACAAAUUUUUGGAGUAAAAUGAGAAAGGUUUGAGAAGCACCAUUCCAGAUUAAGGCAUUCAGGUUAGGUACUCAGCCAAGGUUUGAACUAGAUGCUUUCUUCUGCAAAUCUUCAGGAUUAGCUUCUUGGGGUUCAGGGAGCUUAACGGUGUUGUGUGCAGGGUCUGCACCCUGUUCACUCCAUUCCUAUUCUGAGAGCACAUCUAAGACCUACCCAAGCUACUUAAGAGCCCCGGGGGUGCCAUGGUCAAGUGCUUGGGAAACCUGGGCUAAUCCAAGUCACUGUGCAUUGUUAUUGGAGGUCUAGCCUUUGGUAUCUGAAUGGACACAGCAAUUCACGGCACAUGACAUUUUCUAGUGAACUUGACCAUGGCAUCCUGAGCCUUGCACAGGACUGGCAUCCUACAAGAUGCCCUCUGGACAGUUAAUCCCAAGGUCUUUGCAGCACCUGCCACCUGCCCACAUGGGGGCACAGGAGGGGCAGCUUGUACCUGUGUAGCACUUCCACUCCAUGGUCCCUAAUGCCUCAGCGCUGCACGCCAAGGACUGACAGCUGGUGCCAGCACAUAUUUGUUUGGUUUGUGGAAUAUCAGUGGAAGAGCAGGGAUGAGAAAGUCUUGUGAUCUUGGUCCAUUACUCCUGACCACUGAAGGCUGGGGCCACCAAGGACCAGGGUGGCCAGCUGUUAAUUCUGGGUGCCAGGCAGGGCAGCCCACAGCAUGUGCACUGCAAACUGGAUAGCCAGAUGUCACCCUGUAUGGCCUCCUGCUCCUGCUGUUUCUCAGCACUUUUCACACCAGACACACCACACACUUGAUUUGCUUAUGUUUUUCCCAUCAGAAUAAAAGCUCCUGAGGGCAGGGACUUUUGUCUGUAUUCCUUGGUGCCCAGAAUUGUACCUGUAUACCAUAGGUAUUCAAUAAAUACUUUUGUUGUAGACCAGA